AAGGCGAGCCAAAGACGAGGAUGGACAACCACGAAACGCAGCGAUUGCGGACAUUUUCCAGCGCCAUUGGCUCCGCAGCGUGAGUCUUUCGGUCGGGGCGUGAUUUCAGCACCAGGGCACUGGACAGCACCCUGGGGCGUGCGGGUGGGGCUCCCCGGGCGCCCGGCCGCCUCCGCAGGAACUCCAGCCCCGGCAGCCCCCGCCGAAGCCGCUGAAAGCCCGCUUGGUCUCGGAGAGGCAAGGUCAGUCCGGUGCACAGGACAGCGCGCCUGUGCUCCCGUGAACCCCCUGCUUGUUUCUCUAACGUGCACUUGCUUCUGUCGCUAGCAUUGUUCCCGUUCUGAGUAGGGGGACCGCCAAACGAGCGUCUGUAAGGGUGUCUUUUAAAAUUUGUAUGUAUUUAUCUAACUUCUUUUUGGUUGUUUUCAAAGGGUUGAAGGGCAGUCGGUUUUUCUUUAUCCCUACUUAAAAAAAAAUUUUUUUUGCUUGCUUUGCACUACGUGCCUGGAUAGUUUGUGAAUAUAAUUAUUGACUGGCGUCUGGGCUGUUGCAGCGCGGGGGGGUUAGGGAGGAAGAAAUCCACCCCCACCCCCCCAAAGCCCGUUCUUCUCCUUGCGGAGGUUCGGGCAGCGGAGCACUAAAUGAACUUGAAUUGUGUCCGUGGCGAGCAGGAUGGUCGCUGUUACUCUGUGACGAGAUCGGGAAUGAAUCGCUCGCUUUAAAAAUGCUGCUUUGGAUUCUGUUGCUGGAGACAUCUCUUUGUUUGGCCGCGGGAAACGUUACCGGGGACGUUUGCAAAGAGAAGGUGUGCUCCUGCAGUGAACUAGAAGGGGACCUCCACGUAGACUGUGAGAAAAAGGGCUUCACCAGUCUGCAGCGUUUCACCGCCCCGACGUCCCAGUUUUACCAUUUAUUUCUGCAUGGCAAUUCCCUCACUCGACUUUUCCCUAAUGAGUUCGCCAACUUUUACAAUGCGGUUAGUUUGCACAUGGAAAACAAUGGCCUGCAUGAAAUCGUCCCGGGGGCUUUUCUGGGAUUGCAGCUGGUGAAACGGCUGCACAUCAACAACAACAAGAUAAAAUCUUUUCGGAAGCAGACUUUUCUGGGGCUGGACGAUUUGGAAUACCUCCAGGCUGAUUUUAAUUUAUUGCGGGAUAUAGACCCAGGGGCCUUCCAGGACUUGAACAAGCUGGAGGUGCUCAUUUUAAACGACAAUCUAAUCAGCACCCUACCUGCCAACGUGUUCCAGUAUGUGCCCAUCACCCACCUGGACCUCCGAGGAAAUCGACUGAAAACCCUGCCCUACGAGGAGGUCUUGGAACAAAUACCCGGCAUCGCAGAGAUCCUGCUGGAGGAUAACCCCUGGGACUGCACCUGUGAUCUGCUCUCCCUGAAAGAAUGGCUUGAGAACAUUCCCAAAAAUGCCCUAAUUGGCCGAGUGGUCUGCGAAGCCCCCAACAGACUGCAGGGUAAAGACCUCAAUGAAACCACGGAGCAAGACUUAUGCCCUUUGAAAAACCGAGUGGAUUCUAGUCUCCCGGCGCCCCCUGCCCAGGAAGAAACCUUCGCUCCUGGUCCCCUGCCAACUCCUUUUAAGAUAAAUGGGCAAGAAGAUCAGGCUACCCCAGGGUCUGCUCCAAACGGAGGUACAAAGAUCCCAGGCAAUUGGCAAAUCAAGAUCAGACCCACAGCAGCUAUAGCGACUGGCAGCAGCAGGCACAACCCCCCAGCCAGUGGAUUGCCCUGCCCCGGGGGCUGCAGCUGCGACCAAGUCCCCGGGUCUGGUUUAAAGAUGAACUGCAACAACCGGAACGUGAGCAGCUUGGCUGAUUUGAAACCCAAGCUCGCAAACGUGCAGGAGCUUUUCCUGCGAGACAACAAGAUUCAUAGCAUUCGGAAAUCACACUUUCUGGAUUACAAGAGCCUCAUUUUGUUGGAUCUGGGGAACAAUAACAUCGCCACCGUGGAGAACAACACCUUCAAGAACCUUUGGGACCUCAGGUGGUUGUACAUGGAUAGCAAUUACCUGGACACACUGUCCCGGGAAAAAUUUGCCGGACUGCAGAACCUGGAGUAUCUGAACGUGGAGUACAACGCGAUCCAGCUCAUCCUUCCGGGCACGUUCAACGCCAUGCCCAAACUGAGGAUCCUCAUUCUCAACAACAACCUGCUGCGGUCCCUCCCGGUGGACGUGUUCGCGGGGGUCUCGCUCUCCAAGCUCAGCCUGCACAACAACUACUUCAUGUACCUCCCAGUGGCCGGGGUGCUGGACCAGCUGACCUCCAUCAUCCAGAUCGACCUGCACGGCAACCCCUGGGAGUGCUCAUGCACGAUAGUGCCUUUCAAGCAAUGGGCAGAACGCCUGGGUUCCGAAGUGCUGAUGAGCGACCUCAAGUGUGAGACGCCCGUGAACUUCUUCCGGAAGGAUUUCAUGCUUCUCUCCAACGAUGAGAUCUGCCCCCAGCUGUACGCGAGGAUCUCGCCCACGUUAAGUUCGCACAGCAAGAACAGCACCGGGUUGGCGGAGACCGGGACGCACUCCAAUUCCUACCUAGACACCAGCAGGGUGUCCAUCUCCGUUCUGGUCCCGGGCCUGCUGCUGGUGUUCGUCACCUCCGCCUUCACUGUGGUGGGCAUGCUAGUGUUUAUCCUAAGAAACCGAAAGCGGUCCAAGAGAAGGGACGCCAACUCCUCCGCGUCCGAGAUCAAUUCCCUCCAGACCGUCUGCGACUCUUCCUACUGGCACAGCGGGCCUUACAGCACUGACGGGGCCCACAGGGUGUACGACUGUGGCUCCCAUUCGCUCUCAGACUGAACCCACCCCGGGAGGAGGGGAGUGGCGGCAGGCGAGACUUCUUCCGCGCAGCCGGCACCCCACGGGGUUAAAAGAGCCCUGACCUAGUCCAGACAGCCUUAAGGCCUGAUAGAAACCGGUGCAUAAAUAACGUUGAACUCACUCAAGGUUUGGACGUUAAGCUAAUUUUUUUUUUUUUAAAUCAGUGCAGAUGGGCAACCUGGCUGAGCACAGUCAGAGCUCCCUGCCUGCCUGCCUGGAGCUUCUUGGCAGAGAGAGUCCAGCAAGGAGUCUGCUGGAGAAACGGACUCUGCCCCGGCAGGCAACCCAAAGUCCCCAGGAGGCAACUCUACCUGCUACAGGGACACCGCAUCAAUGUAGAAUGAUAGCUAUUUCCCCCUGUGGAUUAAACGCAACAGGAGAGGGGGCGUGUUGGCUCCCUGCUGACUCUUCAGGGAACAACGCUUGCACGAAGGCAUGAAUGUAUUGUAAAAAAAUAACUUGACUCCUGACACAAACCGACCGACCGACCGACCGACCACCACUACCAAACCAGACAAACACAAAGUGCUGCAUGGCUCGCAUGGAAUCACGUGCUCAAGGACGCUCGCUGCCCUCCCCGCGACUGGAGAACGCAUCUCUUUCUCAGCACUUGCCCUCUCAUCUGACAAGUCCCAUCAAGUCAAACUCUCUACAAACAAGACACAGUAUAAUCAGAAAGUGCCAUUCCGCCAUUGUUUGUGAUAGGUAGGCAGUCCAGAGAUUACUGUGAAAAUGAUUUUAAACAUGUAAAGGUUUUAUUUAAGACAUUUGCAUGGCUCGCCAUCAGUCCAUUCUAUGAGUUAAAAAUGUAUUUUGUUCAGCGAAGUUUUUACGGGUUGUUUUGGGCUCUUCCUUUUAUUCUGAUGCUGAUGUUUUAUUUUAUCUUAUUUUUGAGGGGAAUAUUUUUCUAUACAUAUCCAAUAAUGCCUUCCAUCUGAAUGUAAAAUAAGUACCCAUAAUUUCUAUUAUAGUAUCAGUGUAAUUAUAUAUAUAUAUGAAAAGAUUUUGAGGCAGUUAAGCAUGACCAAUUAAUGUCACUCUAGUGCUUAGGCUGCGAUUUUACGGUAGCAAUUCUGUGCUGGUGUAAAUCUUACUUAUAAAGGAAGAAAAAAGAACCGAGGAAGCACGUGAAACUUACUAAUUCUAUUCGAGGAUUUUAUAAUGGCAUAUUUUUUCAGUAUUAAAGUGAAAAUGUUUUGAA